CAACAAUGGCAAUACCAGUCUGAUAGAAUAUUCUCGACUUUGAAAGCUAGUCCGUCCCAACUUCCUCAAGAAAUUCGAGCUGCUAAUAGAAAGAUCACGGAACUAAUCCAAGUUGGUCGGCUUCAGGAUGCUCGCACAUUCUUCGAUAAACUCCCUUCGCGAAGCACUGUAACCUGGAAUUCUAUGCUCGGAGGGUAUGUCAAACGGCGGGAGAUUACGAAUGCUCGGUUACUGUUCGAUGAAAUGCCUUGGAAGGAUGUUGUGUCUAUGCCAACGCGUGAUGGGUCAUCCUUCAGUGCCCUUGUGUCCGGAUUGAUUCAAUACAAUGCACUGGACAAGGCCGAAAAGAUUUUACUAAAGUAUGCGCAAGACACAAAAGUAGAUUUGGUUCAUGCUUUUAAUACUUUGAUUGCAGGGUAUGGUCAGAAGGGAAGGAUUGGGGAUGCCCGGCGCCUUUUUGAUCUUAUCCCUCAACACACAAGGUCUGAAAGAAAUGUAGUCUCUUGGAAUUCGAUGAUAAUGUCAUAUGUGAAAGCUGGAGACAUGGCUAGUGCAAGGGAUCUGUUUGAUCAGAUGGAGGAGAGUCGAGACACCGUGACGUGGAACACGGUGAUUAGUGGUUAUGUUCUUGCAUUUGAUAUGGAGUCCGCUUUGAAGCUCUUCUCUGAAAUGAAAUCUCCCGAUGUCUUGUCGUGGAAUUCGAUAAUCUCAGGCUUUGCCCAGGUGGGUAAUAUGGAGGCUGCGCUCGAGUUUUUCCAGAGAAUGCCCGGGAAGAAUCGAGUUUCAUGGAAUACCAUAAUUGCUGGGUACGAAAAAAAUGGAGGUUUCAAUGAAGCAAUCGAGCUGUUUGUUCACAUGCAAGCCCAAGGAGAGGAGAAACCCGACCGGCACACUCUGUCUUCACUUCUCAGCAUCUGUGCCGAAACAGCCGAUCCGCAUCUUGGCAUGCAAAUUCAUCAGUUGGUAAAGAAGACGGUUAUUCCAGACACCCCUCUGAAUAACUCCCUAAUCACCAUGUACGCAAGAUGUGGAGCAAUAUCCGAAGCAAAUACCGUUUUCAACGAGAUGGAAUCACGAAAGGAUGUCAUUUCUUGGAAUGCUAUGAUAGGUGGUUACGCGUCCCACGGUUUUGCAAAGGAGGCUAUUCAACUUUUCGAGUCGAUGAAGCGUUUCAAAGUGAAACCGAGUUACAUCACGUUCAUAUCGGUGUUAAGCGCGUGCGCGCAUGGCGGUCUCGUUGAACAAGCAAAAACCUACUUCAAAUCAAUGAUUAGCGAUUUUGGGAUCGAGCCGCGGGUGGAGCAUUUCUCGUCAGUUGUGGAUGUUGUGGGAAGAUAUGGGCGGGUUGAGGAGGCCAUGGAUAUCAUUAGGCACAUGCCUAUGGAGCCUGACUCGGCCGUGUGGGGGGCGUUGUUGGGGGCGUGUAGGGUGCACAGUAAUGUGGAGCUGGCGAGAGUUGCGGCUGAGGCAUUGAUGAGGCUUGAGCCAGAAAGCUCGGGAGCUUAUGUUCUGCUGUACAAUAUGUAUGUGGACGCAGAGAGAUGGAACGAUGCGGAUCGAAUCAGGAUAAUGAUGGAUAAGAAUAAAGUUAAAAAGGAACGAGCUUUUAGCCGGGUGGAUUCCGUGGCCUUCCUCGCUACGCCUCUUCAGAUGGAUUCCUGGCAAGGUCUUCCACCCGUCGACUCUGAUUCCGAGAACCACAACAACAGUGAGCAACAAGAAGAAGUUGAAGAAGAAGUUGGCUUGAUUGAGACUGAGACUGGAGAUGAAGUUGGUAGGCCAAGACGCAUUAUCCUAGGCGUAUCUGGCUCGUCAACAGCUCCCAACGUGUGGGAUAUCCGCAGCCACCUAAGUGUGCUUGAUGAAAACAAUGGUAUUGAUGUUUUGGUUGUCCUAACUGAAUCUGCCUCACGUUCAUCCAACGGUCCAGGCCUCAAUGUCGCACAGAUGAGGAUUUUUGGAAAUCGGGCAGAUGGUCUCGCUGUUGCCCCGUUAUCUGCAAAUACAUUGUCCAAGGAGAAAAGAUGCAGAGCUAAAAUACAUACUGAUCAUAGGCCGUAUGAAAGAGGAGGUAACAAGUCCCAUAUGAACGUACGGGAGCUCCUGAAAGCAUCGGCGGUUGCGAAGAAUCUGAGGCUCGGCAAAACCAUCCACGCCCACCUCAUCGUCUCCGACCAAAUAUCUCAAAACCGCGUCAGUGAGAAAAACUGUCUCAUAAAUCUCUACUCAAAAUGCGGCGAUAUCUCCAGCGCCCGCAACUUGUUCGACAGAAUGCGCAAGAGGAACGUCGUCUCGUGGUGCACUGUAAUGUCCGGCUAUUUGCACCAUGGCUGCACUUUACAGGUCAUACAAAUGUGCAGAGACAUGCUUACAGUGGAUAAAUUGCGCCCAAACGAGUACACCCUGUCGAUGGUCCUCUCCUCGUGUUCCAACUGCGGGCUUCUUGACGAGGGCCUGCAGUGCCACGGGUUCGGGCUGAAAUCCGCGCUGAUUUAUUAUCCACACGUGAAGAACGCGCUCGUGUACAUGUACUCGAUGUGUGGAGAUGUGGAAGGGGCUAUGCGGGCUCUGGAUGAUUGCCCAACAUCCGAUAUCUGCACGUACAACUCGGUAUUAAAUGGGCUUUUAGUCCAAACGGAUUUGACACUAGCUUGGUGCGUUUUGCAAAGGAUGACGACUGACUGUAAGUAUGACAAGUGGGACGGCAUCACUUGCGUGAAUGCCUUUGUAGUCUGUGGCCGCGUUAAAGAUGAGAUUUUAGGAAGGCAGGUUCACGGCAGAGUAGUGAAAACGGGAUUGGAUCGUGAUUUGUUUGUGGGCAGUGCUACGGUAGACAUGUACGGAAAAUGUGGCGAAAUUCCAUCCAUGAGAGACGCUUUUGAUGGGCUGAGAACGAAAAACGAGGUCACGUGGACUGCAGUACUGACCGCCUACUCUCAAAACGAAUUUUACGAAGACGCCCUCAGAUUAUUUAAUGAAAUGGACGCCGCCCGCAGUUUUGUUGUCCCAAACGAGUGCACGUACUCGGUGGUUCUCAACUCGUGUGCCGGAAUCUCGGCAAUUGGGUUCGGCAACUCGCUGCACGCGCGCGUUGUGAAAAUCGGGAUGAAAAGCCACAUUGUUGUUGGUAAUGCUUUGAUCCACAUGUGCUCCAGGUGCGGCCUCAUCGAGGACGCACGUGACGUAUUUACCGAAAUGCCCCUCAGAGACGUUAUUUCAUGGAAUUUAAUGAUAAGCGGCUUCUCCUACCACGGGCUCGGUGAAGCCGCCCUCGACACAUUCGGAAAAAUGUUGGUUGCGAAACAACAGCCGAGCUACGUGACGUUUGUCGGAGUUUUGUCCGCGUGCGCUUUCUUGGGCCGCGCAGAUGAGGGUUUUCACUAUUUGAAUAGCAUGAAGGCCCAAUUUGGAGUCGAACCUGGAUUAGAGCACUACACGUGCAUGGUCGGGCUUCUGGGCCGGGCUGGGAGGCUGGAUGAGGCUGAGGGCUUCAUGCGGUCAAGCCCGGUCAAAUGGGACGUUGUGGCCUGGCGGACUCUUCUGAAUGCGUGUCACGUCCACAAAAAUUACGCGCUCGGAAAACGGGUUGCUAAAAUCGUGCUCGGCAUGAACCCUAAUGAUGUGGGCACUUGCAUACUUAUGUCCAAUAUGCACGCGCGGGCCACAAGAUGGGAUGAAGCUGCGAGCGUACGGAAAUUAAUGAAAGAUGGCAAUUUGAAGAAGGAGCCUGGGCUGAGCUGGACGGAAAUAAAGGACGAGACGCACGUUUUCGUCUCGGAUGAUAACGAGCACGCUGAGUCAGCCCAGAUUCGGGAAAAGGUGAGGGAAUUAGUGUCGGGAAUUAGAGAGAUGGGAUACAUUCCGGAUGUUUCUUUUUCGGAACUUCAUGACGUUGAGGAGGAGCAGAAGGAAGAUCAGCUUAGCUACCACAGUGAGAAGCUGGCCAUAGCGUAUGCCCUCAUGAGGACGCCUCAUGGAGCGACUAUUCGGGUUGCCAAGAAUCUGAGGAUGUGUGAGGAUUGUCACUCGGCAGCUAAGUUCAUUUCGAAGCUAGAGAGUCGACGGAUUGUUGUGAGGGAUGUUAACCGGUUUCAUAGUUUUAGCAACGGGCGUUGCUCGUGUGGCGAUUAUUGG